UUUCAUUCGUUUUUUUCAUCUGUUUCUCCCCAUCCCGACAUUCGUCAAACCGUGUUGGCAAACAGGACUCAGUCGCUCCAUCCUUUUGGUCUGGCUCGGAUGGAACUAUGGCCAACUAUUAUCGACCUGUAUCCUCCCUGAUCACCGCUGUGUGUCACUUAGGUUCGAGAAACUUGUCUUGUGUCUUGUUAGUUACCCGUUACCCACUGUGGAAAGUACGGGGAUACCUGCUUUGUGCCAGGCUUAAUGCAGGGCCUUAAGGACACAGAUAUGAAUGAGAUUCUCUCCCUGCCCGUACAGUUCUAAUUCCAGCCCCUCUGUAUACCCCGACCCUAAAUAAGCUUUCUUCUUACCCCAAGUUUUCCCUAAGAGUAACACAUUUGGUUUGUGUCAUUAUAAUAACUUCCAGUGCAGAUGCACUUGUCUGCCUUUCUUUUAAUAGAUUAUGAGAUUAGAUCAUAGGAAAGAGGUCCAGUCACCUUUACAGUUCUUUAAUACUUAGAAUAAACCUCGCCUCCCAAGUAAUUUGGGAUUGCAGGUGCACACCUUAAUCCCAAAUUACUCGGGAGUAUAGAUUGCAAAUUUGAAGCCAGCCUGGGCAACCAGGCCGCCAUCCUGCCUCAAACAACAAUAACAAUGGCCGAGAUGCAUCCAGAGCAUUUGUGACUGGAGACUACACUGAAGCAGGCCUUGUGGAUGAUGUAAUUGAUCUGUCCUUCUCUGAGAUGCUGAUACUUCAAAAUUGGCUUUUAUUCUAUGAGAAGAAUUAUGUAUUUGUUGGAAGGGUGAUAGGAAGGUUCUAUGGAGAAGAUGGGCAGCCAACCCCAGAACUAACCCAGGUGGAAGCCAUGAUGAUCAAAGGCCUGGAGGCAAAUAAAUGGGAACAGAAAGAGAAGCAGAAGUUCCCACCCUGCAAUGCUGAGUGGAGCACCACCAAGGGUAGCCGGUUCUGGUGUUCUGAAAAGAGUGGAGGUGUGAGCAGAGACUGGAUUGGCGUUCCCAGAAAGCUAUAUAAGCCAGGGGCCAAAGAACCCCACUGCGUGUGUGUGAGAACAACUGGCCCCCCUAGUGACCAGCCACCUGACAAUCCUACACACACAAAUCGAGGGGAUUUGGAUGAUCCCAAUUUGGGGGAAUACACAGGCUGCCCGCCUCUGGCCAUCACAUGCUCUUUCCCACUCUGAGCUGGUACCCUGUGUGUUGAUAACACAGGGAACCCUGCCCAGAACUCACUCCUGUGUCCUAGGAUGGCCCCUGGCAUGAGACAGGAGAGCGUUGAAGCAGUCUGGCCACAUCUGCAAAUGUGCCUCACCACAGGCUUACCAUUCUGGUGGCAAGAGUUUGGCAGUCUGCCUCAUAUUUGUCUGCCUGGUCUGACAGUAUUCCUCUAGGUCUACUUGACAUCUUCCUUCAGAGCCCUCAGAAAUCAAUGGGCACAAAUUUGACCAACUCGGAAAUAACGGGACAAACAAGGGGAAAGCUCUGAGCUCCAACAGCUUCUUUCCUAUGGACUCCCAAGCUGCUGGCCUGGGUCCUGCCCAUAAUCCCAGCUCUGUCAGCAUCUGAAGCAGUGACAGAAAGGGACGGAGUCUCUCAGAAGACAAGCAGACACAUCCCAAGAAAAUGUGCAAGAAGGAAGAACAUUUGUGAUCAUUGACUUUCAUGACUUUUCUUCUCAGACUUCCACCCAAAGGCAAACUUGAAUUUACUACCCUUCUGGCUUGAUUAGAGCUCCUGCCAUGAGCAGGGAUAAUAAAACGGGGUAGGCUAAUUCUGGAAGUGGAAAGUUUUUGCAUAUAUAUGGCUGUAUCAAGUCCAUGUGCUCUGAACAAGCAACAAUUUAAAGCAAUAUUCUUUUAAACAUAUAAAAUCAGGUGUGGUAUUUAUAAAGGGAGAAGUCUGCAUAGUGACUGAAAGGUAGUUUUGCAGCAAUAACAAGGCUAAGUUGUUAGUCUAACAUCAACAUUUAGACAAGGCUGCAAAUACCAUUGCAAACAGCCCUGACUCAAGGUGACUAGGGUUGCAACCUAUCCAGCAGUGUGUGUAUGUGUAAGGUCAUCUGUAAUCACCCACACUUGACAAAUUUCAUACUCGGUUACCUCUUUAAUUCUUAUUAAGUAGAUAAGGGCAAGGAAUGUUUCUGGCUCACAGGUAAGGUUGUGAAGACUGGUGUUAUUAAGGCUUGUGGGCUUGCCUCAUCUGACUGAGCCUUCCCCUCAGCUCUCUCCUUCUCUACCCAUGGCCUACCCCAUGUAACCUGUACCUCUUCCUGUCUCUUGCCCUUCCCUCUAAGUAUGCAUUAAAAAGGUCACUUAUUUGACAUCAUAAAUAAAACAUUGUCCCUCAACCCCAGGAAAGUGGGUGGCUAGCAUACUUACUUUCUAAACAGCCAAGCAUUUUGAAAGAACAGUUAUACUCAGAAUCUUUGUUUUUCAACCCUCAUUUGCUAUGUAGCAGUCACCUGCCUUCUCUACUCAGUAGCAAGGUCGAUUCUGUACUAGCAGACCCCAUAGUCACAAUCAGUUCUUAUGUACCUUGAGCUCUGUUGCUCUUGACACUGUUGACUCUGAGGUCCUCCAUGGAACCCUCUUGGCUUUAUCCUGGUUUCCUUUUCUCCCUCUGGCCCUUUCUUCUCAGUCUCUUUGAAUGCCUGUCUCCUCCAUGAACCUCUUCCCACUGGCUCUCCUCCCUCCUACUUCAGCAGCCUCUUACACUGUCAGGCUACACCUCCAGAAUGAGCAGCUUUCCAAAGCCUUCCCCAUUUUUUUUUUUUUUUUUUUUUUUUUUUUUUU